AUGAGUAAACAAAAGAGGAUUUGCAAAUGUCCAGUUAAAAUUCACAAGUCUUAUAAACAUUCAAAAGUGGUAUCAGACCCGCAAGAUGUCGUCGAUAUUAUUCAAGCACUUAAUUAUCAAGACUACGUUGACCAUGCUAAGAAUCGGAGACUAUCAAAGCCACCAAAAUUCAAAACUAAGCAAUUUAAACCGCCGCACUUUAAGGACACAUGCGUGCCGAUGAAGCCUUCAAUGCACACUCGGCUUAGAUAUAUCGGCCAUUGUGCUCUGGAACCGCCUCGAGGCGAUGAGAAAGCUAGGCUCACCUAUUCAAAAUACGAUUUUGUAUCGACAUCGGAAGAAGAUGAAGUAGAGGAAUCCAGUGGAAUUUUGCGUAAGGGGCAUAGAAAAGGCGAGAAGUAUAAGAAACGGGUUCGGUACUAUGAUCUGAUGCCGGGCGACAUAUAUCUGCCCACGCCUGUACCAGUUGUUAAGCACACAGCGUCGGAUAAAUCGAUCUUAAGCGUACCUAGCCCAAAAACAAGUGGGGAGGUGAUUCAAGCUGAAAGGGCUGCCGUAAAACCAGCUGAAUUGAGACCACCUUUACCACCGAAGUCUGGACAUGAAUUGUUCAAGCCGCAUAGCGGGAUAGUUCUCAACAGGGAUCGGGAAUUUGUACCAGAUGUUGUACAUAUACCAGGCUCUUCGGAACCAACUAAAAAAUAUGUAAAUGCUAUGAAAAAAAGAAAACUGGCUCUGAGAAUUAGAGGCUACCCAGACUCAGGAUACGUUACUCUUGGCGCUACCGACGGGAAACCAAGAGCAAGGGGCACACAGAAAUUUAUGCCGAGAAAUGAUGAGGAUGAAGUUUGCGGUUUGGAUGAAAUACCUAGACCGGAACAUGUGCACAUACCAAUGAAUUUAAAAAGAGGAACCUUACAGACUCACUCCCUAACAGUAAUUCCGUGUACCAAGGACAGAAGGCCGGAUAUACACUACGGUAUACUGACCGGCUCCUUCAAUAUGUAUGAUAAUAAGUUUGGUCAGAGGUCACGAGGUAGACAAGCAUUGACGAUGAGCGUAAUGGCUUAUUGCUUAGCAUUCCACUACCACCCUAAGCAAUGGACGAUGAAGCUGAUCGACAACUUGGUGGACGCUGGUGAUGUAUGGUACAUCCAAUGCCUGGAUAAAGUCCAUGAUCAUUCUCAAGUGCAGGGUAUCUGCGAAGUGUUGCAAUUUGGCAAGAAACAAAUAUUGGUUCUGAAUGGAAAAAGAAUGCAAGUUUUGCUUUGUGAACCUGACAUCGUUGGAUACACCAUGUCCUUGGAUCCCACUAUAUAUAACUUGUGCAGGGGACUAAAGGCUUUCUUCAAGGAAAACCGAGCAGGGAUUUUGCUAACCAGGGUCCUAAAACUGGUCAUAUGGAAGGACAGAGUCUGCUAUUAUAUUUUCGACCCCGCCGGUAGAGAUUCGAGAGCUUAUUCCAACUUUGCCCAUGGCCAAGCGGCUCUCAUUAAUGUAAAAGACGUCGAUUCAGUCGCUGAAGUUCUUUUAGCACGCAGUAUACUUGAAGAUCAGAAAUACGUUCUGGCUCCUGUAAAAGUAUUAAAGAUGGCUGACGAAAAAUGUGACGAAGAUUUCGAAUCUGAUAAAGAACUGACACAAGCCGAAAAAGCGAUGAUGGGAUACAGAAUUUUAAAUGAAAACUGUGCUAUAGUCAACGCUAAUAUGCAUUUGGGUGAUCGAUGCUUUGAGGAGGCAAAAUUCAGACAAGCUUUACCGAUCGCAAUUGUCGCGAUGACCUACGCAAAAAUAUCACCACCAAACACAUGGUUUUCGAAAACAUUGGACAAAAUAUUACGGCUGGGCAACAAACUGUAUAUAGAUUGCACGCAUCCGAAAGUAAUGAUCGAUAUAACUAUUGACAAUAUACCGAACGAGAUUAUGAUUGGUCCUUACGCAUGUGAAAUUAUAAUAUACAGAGAAAGAGUGAAAGGUCAACUCUAUACAACGAAAGAAUGCCUACUAAAUAUUAGAACAGGUCUUGAAGAAUUUUUCAAUCACGAAUAUAACUGCGGUAUCUUAGAGUUUAAUAAUUAUACAUUGGGGAUUUGGAGACAAAAGGAUAUGUUCUAUUUGUUUGAUCCUUAUCCGCGCACCAGUGAUGGACUUCGAGUGAUGAAGUCUGGAAAGGCGUGUUGCUUGAUGCUUUUGAAUCCAGAAACUAUGGCGAGCGCGUUUACUAAAAACUGGGAUUAUUUACCGGCCACAACACAGUUCUAUAUUCACGCUUUUAAGGUUCUGAAGUUAAAGAAGAAAGAGCCAAAGAUGCAAAUAGUUUGUACCCUAAGCGACGAAGAGCUGCCUGGAGCGAAGAAAAAAGCGAGAAGUUUACCUGGUACAGGAACGAGCAAAGACCACGGUGACGGCAGGGAGAUCUAUCAUGACGUCAUGCCCGUCGAAGUUGUUUUGGAUAGUAAUAAUCCUGGAGCGAAUGCAGUGGAUGAAGAAAAAAUGGGUGAUAUUAUAUCUUUAGUGGACAGUGUACAAGAGGAUUAUAUUCCGCCGAUACCAAUGAAAUACAAGACCCAUGUAGACGAACCAACUGAACCAAAAGUCGUAAACUUGGAUUCUCCAACUGUGUCGGUGACACAGGUGGUCCCACCAUGGCCGAAACCUCGCGACAAGACUAAUGAACCUAUUGAACCUGACCCAAGCCCGAUACCUACUCCUCCACCUACGCCGCCGCCACUGCCGGUGACAGUUCUUUAA